CACACAAAUAAACAACCCAGCUCAUCCCACUCACUCUGCCAGUCAACAUGCUCACCACUGCCUGAUUCUCCUGUCGUCGGCGCUGUAGAAGGGGAAGGAAAAGUCAUAUCUCGGUUGCUAAGACUUCAGCUAACAGUCCCGGGAUGGCUCAAGGCUCCUCCGAGCAAAUUGUUCCAGGGGGUAGUGAGCCCGAGGAGACUUCCCCCAAUAUGCUCGUUUACCGAAAGAUAGAAAAUAUCAUCAUACGGAUGCAGGAUGACAAAGCAGGCGGAGUGCCUAUCCGAACAGUGAAGAGCUUCCUGUCAAAGAUUCCCAGUGUUAUCACAGGCGCAGACAUCGUCCAGUGGCUGAUGAAGAGCCUGAACAUUGAAGACCCAGGUGAAGCAAUACACUUAGGGAGCCUCAUUGCAGCUCAAGGAUACCUGUUUCCUAUCUCUGAUCACGUUCUGACACUGAAAGAUGAUGGGACAUUUUACAGGUUUCAGGCUCCAUAUUUUUGGCCAUCGAACUGCUGGGAGCCAGAAAACACAGAUUAUGCUAUCUACCUGUGCAAGCGGACAAUGCAGAAUAAAGCAAGACUGGAACUUGCAGAUUAUGAAGCCGAAAAUUUGGCCAGGUUGCAAAGAGCAUUUGCAAGAAAGUGGGAGUUCAUCUUUAUGCAAGCAGAGGCCCAAGUAAAAAUUGACAGAAAGAAGGAUAAAACGGAACGCAAGAUUCUCGACAGUCAAGAAAGAGCAUUUUGGGAUGUCCACCGACCCGUUCCUGGCUGUGUGAACACCACAGAAAUGGACAUCAGGAAAUGUCGAAGGAUGAAAAACCCUAACAAUGUAAAAAAGUCAGUGUAUGGGAUUUCUGAAGAUUCACAGACGCACAGUCCUGUACAUACAGUCGCACAAACAGCUAAGAAACCUGCAAAAGAUGAUCUGAAGAAACAGAUAACUUUUUUAAAUAUCCAGCUCGACAGACAUUGUUUAAAAAUGUCCAAAGUAGCUGAAAGUUUAGUCAGCUACACUGAGCAGUAUUUGGAUUAUGAUCCCCUCUUGACUCCACAAGAUCCUCCGAACCCUUGGGUCAGUGAUGACAGCACAUUCUGGGACAUGGAAGCCAGCAAAGAGCCCAGCCAGCAGCGUGUGAGGAGAUGGGGAUUCUCCUUCGAUGAAGUGCUAAAGGAUCCUGCAGGACGUGAACAAUUUCUGAAGUUCCUAGAGUCUGAAUUUAGCUCUGAAAAUCUGAGGUUUUGGUUGGCCGCAGAAGAUUUGAAGAAGCAACCACUUCUGGAAGUUCCAGACAAGGUUCAAGAAACCUGGCAAGAAUUUCUUGCUCCUGGGGCACCCAGUGCUAUCAAUCUGGAUUCCCAUUCAUAUGAGAUAACCAGUCAGAAUGUCAAGGAUCCAGGGAGGUAUACUUUUGAAGAUGCUCAGGAACACAUCUAUAAGCUGAUGAAAAGCGACAGUUACGCUCGCUUUCUGCGUUCCAAUGGUUAUCAGGAACUCUUACAAGCAAAAAGGAAGCCUGAGAAUGAACAGGGCCGCAGAACCUCGCUGGAAAAAUUCACUCGCAGCGUGGGCAAAUCUCUGACUGGCAAACGGCUUACAGGUCUCAUGCAGUCAUCCUGACAACAAUCUAGACUUGCUGGUUGCAGUGAGAUGAGAAGAGACUUGUACCUAUACUCUUGGGAGUCACCAUGUAAAGGAGCCACUGUGAGGAGUUCUAUCGUACAAUUCGACAACAGAACAUUUUAAUCUUUCCUCAGUGCAGAAUGAGUUACCACAGAUGUAUCAAAAAGUCACCCAUUUUUUUUAUUGAGAAACAAUAAAAUCAGAUUAAUCCCAGGCACAGGGAAGCAGAGAUUGAAUUUCUGGCUGCCAGUGAAACUAUAUGACUGUUUCUGACCUUCUGGAUAUGGUAAUGGAAAAUGCUUGUGAAUUCAUGGAAUCCAUUUGUAUACAAGCACUGCUUACCACAAGUGACUGGGAAAUAUUAGAAAGAGGUUUAGAAAUUGCAAGUAAGUCCAGCAGGUGCUUAUUUUGAAGGUCUUUUGCCACAGGUGAGACAGGUCAAUAAAUCUAUAGGCAAUAACCUACUCAGACCCUGAGCUUCACAUUCACAUAAGUCUUCCAUCUUUCUCAUUUUUGCACAUUAGAGUAUUUAAUGCACCUUGUGUAAACUAUAAAGGUGCUCCAGCAUUACUGGUAGUUAUGAGCUAUUCUGACUGACCACAGUGAAACAGAGGGUGGGAAAUAACACUAAAUCAAUCAUAAGUUAGCUUUAAACUUGUUUAAUUAAAGGAGCCUCUUAAAUGUUUCAACUUGGCAUACAGAAACCACAUUCCAGUUUAGCUUUAUUAUCAUUUCCUUUUGGACAUUUUGAUACAGUUAAUGACAGACUGAGAUCUAACAAAGCCAGAGGUACCAGAGCUGAUAUGGGCUGGUACAACAUACUGGUGAGAAAGUAGCCAACAACUUUUUAGCUAUAUCACCUUAUAGGUCAGAAAUGUAGAUUAUGUUCACUCCUAAACUUAGCAAACUUAGAGGAAGAGUGGCCCAGUGAAAAUACAUCUUGGCCAAUAUUAAUUCUUCAACUGCCCUCACUAUAGCAUAUUUAACUUCUCUUUUGUCUCUUUGCUGUCUGUGGGGACCUGCUCUGCACAAGUUGUCUGUUAUGCUUGCUGUCAUAAUAAUCCCUACAAUUCAAAACUGCUUUAUUGUCUGUGAGAUGCUUUGAGGCCUUCUGAUAAUGUGUAGGAAGCUAAAUAAGCAUCUCUUGCUUCUUGUCAAAGUUUUACCUUUGGAAAUCAGGAGGAUAGAAGUUACACUACACAAAAAAGGAACACAAUUUAAGUGAAUUAAAUUUACUUAUGUAAGGUCACGAAUAAAUUUCCCCCAAUGUGGGCGAGUGGCAGGA